CCACCAGGCAGGUGCCACCCAAUGCCCCUGCAUUCAAACCCCUGCCAUCAAGUCAGAUACCAGGUAACACACAAAGCCAAAAACAGGAGGCGCUGUUGAUCUGGCCCCUUCCGGUUCCCUUAGCCAGCUGUCGCAUUACGGAGUACUUACCGUACCACAGUGACGCCUCCACUGAAAACCUACCCGCCCGGCAACAAGAGCAACUCCACCGCCUGUAAACGCGAGGAAAUAUUACCGGCAACCGGUAAAGUAAAUAAAAUUAAGCUCAAAGACACUUACCUACCUACCUUGCCUUGCCUACCGUGCCUGAACCUGCCAACCUUGCUUAGGUGCGUUACCCAACGGAGGUACCUUAGCCGACCUCAUCGUCAGGCCCGUUGGGGCUUCAAGCUCACUAGCCCACGUAUCUACCUAUUCUAUGAUUCCCCCACCACCACCACAUUGUCCCCGAACUUCCUCGCCUCCCGCCAUUGUCGAGCCCCAAGAACGAGGACGGCGGUCUUCCAAUGCCGCUGGAGGCUUCACAGAACCCAAUUCGUCGCGCCUCCGCGUCCCGUCCCCAAGCUUCCUCCUCCCGCCUGGCAUGACCUCCUCAGACGAUGCGCAAAAUGCGCAUCCCCAUACUCAUGCCAACGGCAGCUCCCCGGCUGCCGUGCGCUCCAGGAGUCCAGCCGCGAAUCCGUUCAAUUUUGAGACCAAGAUAAUAUCGACCUCACCGGUUCGGUCUAACAUUGGCCAACGUCGAGGUCAUCGCUACAAGCACAGUAGCAUAUCGGCCCAGCACCAAAUCUUCCAGGAGCCGCCCCAGCGGCCCCCGCCCAUCCUCCCCGCUUCGCUCCCCGUUCCCACCGUGCUGGAGGCCUGGUCCAGUAUGACCAGUGAUCAGCGCAACCGACUCUUCUGGUGCUUGUGCCACGCCGCCGUGGCCAUAUAUGUCUUCUUCAGUGCCUCGGGCAGUCUUGCCAUGACGGCCAUGUCUCACCUCAUCUUCUUCGACGUUGGUUCCGCCGCCAUCUGCGUCGCCGUCGACGUGCUGGGCAACUUCGAGGUCUGGCGCCGUAGCUCCGUCCGCCACCCAUUCGGCCUGCAGCGAUCAGAGGUCCUCGCUGGCUUCGCCAUGAGCAUAUUCCUCGUGUUUGGCGGCUUUGAUCUGAUCAGCCAUAACCUCAAGCACACCCUGGAAUCCGUCGGUUCUGAAGAGGCCGACCACCACCCAGCCCACGGCCACAGUCACGGCCAUAGCCACGGCGGUGACCAACGCGUCACCCCCGGCACCAUUGACCUGGCAUCCCUUCUCACCAUCGUCACAACCCUUAUCAGCGCCUAUGGGCUCAAGAAUCAUGGCCGUAUACGGAGGGUUAUGCGCGUCGAGUACCCAUCAUAUCUGACGUCGCUGCCAGGGGUACUGGCAAACCCCUUUCAUCUUCUCACCUUAUUAUUCUCAUCCACUCUGCUCAUCCUACCGCUUCUGUCGGUCCCGACCUUUGGCUGGCUCGACGGCCUCAUCUGCGCCGUCAUUGCCGUGAGCAUGUUCGCCCUUGGCUUUCGCCUAGCCAUUGCUCAGGGCCUCAUGCUGCUCAUGUCCUACCGGGGCGGUGAGAGCAGCAAGGCGAAGCUUGACGGUCUCGUGGGCUUCAAGAACCCCGUCGAAUCGACGAAUGGUGAUGUCAGCAGCAAUAGUAGCAUCUCGGGAGUUGUGCGCGAGAUUGAGGCACAGCCCAACGUGUCACGCGUCGACGAUGCACAAUUCUGGCAGGUCCAUUACGGUCUGUGCAUGGCCAAUCUCAAGAUCUGCGUAGUUAGAGGAUGUGAUGACAGCGCACUCAGCCAGCUGCGCUCUAGGGUGACGCGGCUGAUACAGACCAGGCUCGGUGAGGCAUAUGGGCGCGGUGGUGGGUUGAGGUGGGAUGUCACGGUGCAGCUGAGUACGGAUUCACCAUAGACCACGGGUGGGUUGGGUGUGCAUCACUGGUAGAACUUGUUUUUAAAGAGGUUGGCCUGGUUUUGCAUCAUCCGCACCUCAAAAAAUAUUUGUCAGGAUCUCUCAAAAUACCAUGUUGAUUAAUAUAGAUAGGAUCCAUCGUCGGCGUUUAGCGGGUUUUAACGUUGUUUUAUCUCAAGGUCAUUUAAAAUACCAAAAACCUCGAUAGUUUAUUCUCUUUUAAUUCAGACAGCAAUCGAGAAAAGGGUAUUCGAUAUUCAAAGUGGGGGACAAAACAACCUGGCGUCGCACAUGCAUUCUAUCAGACAAAACAGCAGAACAGAACAGACAAUUGAAUGAGAGAGAUGAGACAGGA